AUGAUGCUUUUCGUUCCGGAGUGGUGGAAGCCGAAACCAAAACGGGAAGCAAAGUUGGAUUCAAAACAGCAAGCCGCCAACAGCAGCAGCAAUGGUGAGGCAUUACAGACCGCCGAGAAGAAAAAAGAGGGAGAUGCUGUUAAUAUUCAAGUAGUUUAUCAUCCCUCUUCUGCAACUCAAUCAUCUGAUGCAAACUUUGUUCCACCUAGCAAUGCAGAGACUACAUCUACCUGUUACACUGCAAUUUCAACCAAAAGAGUUAUGGUUAGCCCUGUAAAACAGAUGGCUUAUAUAGAGAGCAGUCAUUGCAUUUCCCCUGUUAAAACGAAUUCGGACAAGGCAUUUAAGAGGGUAAGAAGUAGGUUGAAUUUUGAUUCCUCUGAUAUGCCUCAAAGGUUGGAUUCUGACAAAUCAUUGCCUAAUGAGAUUUCUACAACAGAGUCAAACAUUGAAGUUCGAUUAUAUGAUAUUGAUUUCCCUAACUUUGAUGCCCUUAGUAUGGACUUUCCAUUUGCUGAAAUGUUAAAUGGUCUAGAUUUUUCUUGUGAGGGUCUUGAUUUUUCAUGUGAUCCAACACCAAUUCAUGCAAAUGAUAAUCAAGUUAUAUCCGAACAACCAUCAACUUUGGCAGAAGCUCUAUCUGAGAAAAAUAUGAACAUACAAGGCACUGAUUCUCUGACUGCAAUGGCGUCUGUCACAAGAAAUGUAACAAUUUUAAACCCAGAGAAAAAGCACCAGAGUUGUUUAGAUCAGGAGAGUUGUUGA